GAUGUCAAACGAACUCCUAGAUAAUCCGCUAGAUCAAACUCUCCAAAUAACAAAAUGAACGCCCCUACACAUAUGAUGCCAGGCAUGCCAGGCAUGCCUCCUCCGAUACCCAUGCCUGGAGUAGUUCCGCCUCCCCCUCGGAUCCCCAAGCUACCACCUCCAACUGAGCCUUGCCAAACCCUGUACAUUCGCAACCUUCCAGAAACUCGCGCGCUUACAGCUCUUGAGAGCGCCUUGAAAGCGCUGUUUUCACAGUUUGGCGAAGUGGUUCAUAUUCGACUUAAGCGCAACAUUUCACUACGUGGACAGGCCUUUGUGACCUUUAAGGAAGUUGAUUCAGCGACCAAAGCACUUAAGGAGGUGCAGGGAUUUCCUUUAUCAGGAAAACCAAUGGAUAUUCAAUAUUCGAGAAACCGUUCUGACAAAGCCGCAGAGCUGGAGGGCGAGGAAGCUUUGCAAGAACACAAGCGAAAGCGAGCGGAAGAGAAAGCCAACCGACACAAGAAGCCCAAGGACGAAAAGGUGGAUGCUGCUGCUGUGGCAGCUGUCUAUGGUCCCGGAUACUACUACGGAGCUGCUAUGCCCGAAGAUAUGGUGCCCCCCAACAGUAUUCUAUUUGUACAAAAUCUCCCACCUGAAACGACGGAAGCAGUUCUGGCUGCCUUGUUCCAACAAUUUCAAGGAUUCAAAGAGGUACGAUUGGUACCAGGAAAGAGUGACAUUGCCUUUGUCGAGUACGAGAGCGAAAUGCAAGCAGGCGUUGCAAAGCAAUCCCUCAACAAAUUCAAGAUCACCCCAGAAAAGGAAAUCAAGGUCACAUACGCCAAAAAGUAAAAUAGAAACUCGUGUGUGUUUGCUGUGCUCUGCGGUUGUUUAAGAAGGAGAGCUGAUAACAACAAAGCUGUGCAGUUCCAU